AUGAGUAACGUAUCACAGCGAGCAUUCGCUUCAAAACGCAACAAAAUGACUGCAGCCGAUGUUCGUCGUCAUAUUAUGACAGGAAGUCUUCUUUUGCAUCCACAGAACAAGGAAUCGAAUAAUGCAUCUUGUCAGUCGUCGCAUUUUGUAUGCUUUUUUAUGGCAACACUAAAAUUAUUUUUUGUUCUGAAUUUAAUCGAAAUUGUUGAACCAAUUGAUAUUGAAGAUUUAUUAGCACAGCGAAAGAAUAAUUCUCUCUAUGAGCAUUCAAAUACUGCAGCAAGUCCAAGACGAUUUACGGAUUUUCCGUCAGAUGAUAUUGAAGUCCGCUUGGUUCAAAGAGAACGAUUUACUGUAGAAUCACCAGUGCCAACAGCAAUAUCAGAUGUGGAUCCUAUUGUUAAAGAUAUCAUUAAUACAUAUGAUGAUGAUUUUUCACUGGUGCAACGACUAUAUCACCAAUUUUCAAGUGGUGAUGCUUAUAUAAGAAUGCAGAUGGAACGGCCUAUCAUUGCGCGCUCAACACAAAGGCAGAUUUAUGAAACAGAAAUAGAGCGAUGCUUGCGUCGGAGUGCAAGCGUUGUAAAUGAUGAACAAGGCGUAAAGCGUGAUUCGUACGGUUCGCAUUAUUCAAUGGAUUCCAUGUGUACCGUCGGCUCAUCUUCAGGCGGAAUAGCUCGAGACGAAAAUAUUUGUCCUCACCAGCUUAAUUCUUCAGCCAGCGAUCCAAUUGUGCACGGCGUAAUCCAGCGCAUAUCAACAACACAGCUGGAUCAAAUAAAUGAGACGCGUCGUUUGUCUGGUCGUCAUAAUUUGUUAAUAAACUUAUUGACGCCACAAGUUGAGGCUGAUGUUGUUGAACGACGUUCUCCAGCUCCAUUUCCUUCAGAGCCGAGUGGCCAGAAGUUACUUAUCAAAAUUUUAAAUCUUCAAUUGGAACCAAAAUUCGAACCGAUAUUUGGCUCUAUUGCUUUAUUUGAUGUGAAGGAUAAGCGGAAGAUUUCGGAGAAUUUUUAUUUCGAUUUGAAUGAUGAUUCGCUACGCGAAAUGAUUUCACGUCAUGUUGCUCGAGUCGAUGAUACUAGUAAAUGUACACAGGCACUUUUCAGCAUAAAUCGUGCUAUCAGUGAUGUUUUUAUUGUCAUUAAGUUGGAGAAAAUUCUACAACCCUGUGAUAUAAGCGAUACCUGUGAACCGUAUAUAAAAGAAGAUGUAAAUAAAGAACGGCUUUCUCAAGUAGCUCGUCAGUAUUGUGAUAGGCUUGGUGCAUAUAGAAUGCCGUUAGGUUGGGUUGCAAUUGACUUAAUGCGUUUACUGAAUGGGGCUCAAUCUUUGGAGAAAAAUGACACAUCAAGCUUGGGUACGGGUGCCCUGCAACAAUCACUUGUUCGAUCUGAAGCAGAAUAUCUUUCAAUUUCUCCUGUUCCUUUCUGUGAUACUGACAGUAUAAUUAGCGCUGAUAGAGUAUCAUGUUCAACUUUGGGCACAUUUCGAAGAAUCGGCAGUGCUACGUCGUCAACAGUGUUUAUUAAUAAUCAGAAGUCUCGCACACCCCUUCAAAAACGUAAAGCAGCUGCAGUGUAUUAUGGACAAGUAGAUGCGAUUUCAGCUGCUGAAUCAAUUGAACUUCUUGGCAAAGAAUCGAAUUUCGAUGCUUCAUCAUUUGCUGGUCUUCAGCCUCUUUUGUUGAAUCUGAAUUCUUUCUUCCGACAAGAAGCUGAUCGGUUGAGUGAUGAAGAUCUUUGCAAAAUGUUGGCCGAAAGUCGAAAAGGUGGUUCAAAAAUAGCUCGACUUAAAACUUUCCCAGUUAGUCUAAAAAUGGAAAUUUCAAAAGGAAACCGUGAAUCUUUAAUGAGAUUUACUCCUGAGCUUUUACGAGUGCAUCCUUAUGUUUCUGGAAACACGUCAGAUAUGGUGAAAGAAGUUGUUGAAUUUCCAGGCAAAGGUGUAUACACAGUAAAUGCUUUUUAUAGGAAUCUAUUGUUUGUGUAUCCUCGGUAUGUAAAUUUGUCUAGUCGAUCUGGUGCUCGUAAUAUAUCGAUUCGUGUAGAGCUAAUGGAUAGUCACGAACAUCCAGUGCAUUCAUUAUUCGGCAAAUCUAGUUGUACAGCCAUAAUGGAAGAAGAAGUUGAAAUGCCCAUCGGAUAUUCGUGGAUACCAUUAUAUAAAGAAGGACAUCUACAAACGGGUGACUUCAUUCUUCCAAUAGCUCUGGAACGGUUACCGAUGAGUUAUGGCUAUCUGUCGCCUGAAGUGAAUCUGCCAAAUAUAAAAUGGCUUGAAGGUCAUAAGCCAUUAUUUAAUGUUACUUUAGAAGCUGUCUCGACAGUUCAUACUCAGGAUCGUCAUAUCGAUGCAUUUCUUCACGCUUACCAGUCAUUAGUUUCUUCAAAUAAUCCGUCAAUUUGCGAAGAAAAUCUGAAAAUAUUGAUACGUGGGCUGAUAAAAGCUCGUCCCGAGCCUAUGGUCGCAUUUCUUUAUAUAAUUAUGGAUAAGCUACUCGGAUUGAUUGCAAAUCCGCCUUUUUCAGCUGCUGUUUCUGCUGUGUGCUUUGAAGUGUUAGGGCAGCUUGUCAAGAUAUGCACUGUGCUUUUAGAUGGUUUUAGUGAUGCUCACGGACGAAGUUCCCUCCUUACUACCUAUAUCCAUUACCACAAAAUUUCUCUUAAAGGUGAAAUUUUUAUUUUACUUAGAUCGAAUUUAGAAUUACAUGGCACGUACAACAGACAUAAUUCUCGCAUGGACCAUAGCAGUCAAUCUUCUGAUUCCUCCGAAAGUCGGCAGUUGAUAGAUUUAAUAAGUAGGUGUUUAAUGGACAUUUUAGAUCAUGGCACUGGAUAUUUAAAAAAUUUUUGGUCUGAAUUUUCAGAAGACUUUGAACGCUCUACGUUCAUGAAAGCCUCCGGCGAAGAUGAUAUGAAAGGAGCAUCAACUAAGUUAAUGCAUGAAGAAAUUGUUCUUCAGUGGGUUACAAGUUGUUCGGCUGCAAGAGAAAUGGCGUUUCUAAAUGCUUGGUUUUUUCUCGAGCUUAUGGCAAAUUUUUUCUCUUAUCUUUUUUAUUUAAUAUAUGUUCAAUUUUUAAAAACUAGUAUCAAAAAUGUAAAAUCAAUGGCGGAAUAUUUAUCGAUAUCAAAUCGACUAUAUUUGCCUCGCAAAUUGAGAUUUAGUGAGACAUUCAUACAGGACUUGAAUGUAUUAUCAUUUGCAAUUAUCGCUGAAGUUAUUGCGCGUGCAGCUAAAGAUCCGCGCCAGGCUAAGUGUAUCAGUGCUUCAUGGGCGUUUUUUCUCCGCGAUUCUUUUUCUCUAAUGGAUCGUUCUUACAUUAUGAACCUAAUUAGAGUUUUCAAUCGGGAUCUAGCUACAAAAAUAUCUUCUUCAUCCGAUCCACUUACAAUAACAUUAAUGUUAAUAAAAUUGGAUUUUAUUCGUAUAGUUUCAUCGCAUGAGCAUUUUAUUAUGCUAAAUAUACCAUUCGCAACUGUGCCUUUAUCCAUGACAACCAGUCAUUCUGGAGUUAUAGUAAUUGGAUCAUCUGAUGGCAUGUCCAUAACUAGAAAUAUUUGCCAAGCUGUUGCCCCACAAGUGCAUCCACAUAGUCCAAGCAACUCAAGUCUUUGUAGCAGAUCUUCUAGUCAAGUAGCCGAAUCACAUGGAUCCAUUGGCUCCUUAGAACUCACUCCUGAAUUCAGAUCCAGACACUUUUUAAUUGGUUUGGCUUUAGCUGAUCUAGCUGCCGUUUUAGAAACUUCUAGCGAUUUACUUCAUGCAAGGGCUAUUACGCUUAUAAGGAAUUUAUUGUCGACUCACGAAGCUGAUUCUCGACUUCUUGAUCCAUCUGUUAAAGCUCGUGUCGCAUCACUUUACUUGCCUCUUAUUGGAAUAGUAUUAGAUGCAUCUGCACAGCUUUACGAUCCUUACUGGAAGGGUUUGUCUACGAGAAACAGCGUUUGCUAUGGAAUUUCUAAUUCGAUUAGCCGGCCAUAUAAUGAAGGCGAUGGCACUGCAACUUUAAACGAUAAGCUUAUGCUAGCAAUAGGCGGAAUGAAUAUUUCUUCACCUACAUCUCCACAAAUAGAUCGCCUGGUUAUACCAGUCGUCAGACCUAUUCUUUCAUCGGAAUGCACUCGUCAGUUACUCGCAUGCUUUUGUUGGACUUUAAAAAAUAUGGAACGUCAAGUUCUUCGCCAUUGGAUAUGUGAUCUUAUUCCGCAUCGCCUUUCAUUGUUUCUUGAUGUGCUUCAGUUAUCUGUUUCUUGCUUCGAAUAUAAAUGCGCUAUCACUACUAUGGUGAAUAAUGAGAUUGCUGAGGAAAACAACUGGGGAAAGUCAGAUGAUGUCGGCGUAGAGCAGUUUACUUCCAAGGAACUGAUGAAGAAAAAAUCACGAAAUUGCGAAAAUGAAGGUAUCAGAUGGCGUAAAGAAAAUAAUGACAAAGAUUCAUGGAAAAGAAACAGUAUCGGAGAUCAGCUGAAUGAAGAAAAUGCGACAGUUAAUGAUGAUGAGGCUACUUUGGAAGCAUCAUUGUGUACUGAAAUUCCUUUAAUUGUUUUGGACACUCUCGAACUAAUUUUGCGUAUUGUAUCCAUUCCUGGGUCUGACCAACUUUUUUUUGUUUUGUCGUCCGUCUUGCGAAUCUUGAUGCAUAUGCUUGCUUGUAAUCAAUCAGUGGAAACGCUGGAAAAUAUAUUUGCCAGUCAACGCGCUAUUGUCAUUAAAUACCCGGAUCUACUUUUUGAACAAGAAACUGAACAAUGCGCUGAAUUAUGCUUGCAUCUUCUACGGCACUGCGCCUCUCGGCUACCUAUGAUCCGUUCACAGGUCAUUUUCACUCAUUCGUUCUUUUGUAUUCAAGGUUUUAAAAAAGUACAAUAUGGAAAAGUGGUAUCUGCAGUUAGAGAAAAAUAUCAUUUGUAUUUUAAAAAAUUAUUGCUUCUUUAG